UCACACGGUCUUUGUCAGUUAGAGUGCCCUAUCGGCUGCGCGGCUGUGUCAGUCUGUGCCAAGCGUUCAGGCCAUGGCUGAGGACUGCAAGAACUUCGUGAUGAGUGCGUGCGUGCUCGAGAACGAGGCCAAGGAACUGGAUCAGAAGCACGAUUCCAGGGCUGCAAUCGCAAAGUAUGAGGAAAGCCAGGCGCUGCUGCAGCAGGCGAUCGACCACUCGCUGCCGCACCACGCUGAGGACCGGCCGCGCUUGGUGCAGCACCGGCAGGAGAUCCUGACCCGGAUUCAGCAUCUCAAGUCUGGUGCGCCGAAAGUGCCCGUGGAGGACCAGAUUCAUGCUGUGCAGCUGGCUAUGCAGGCCACCACGGCGGCAAGCCAGGCCGCCACCGCGGCAGGUGGUCUGAAGCAGAUGGGCGCCGUCGCCGCUGUGGGCGCUGUGGGUGGUGCCAUCGUCCUGGGCGGCACGCUGGGUCUCGGGGUCAUAGGUGCAGUCGGUGGCGCUGCCGCGGCCGGUGUGGCAGCCACCCGCUCUGAUCAGGUGGGUGAGGCGGCCCGGGGUGUGGGCUCCAUGGCCAUCAAGGGCGUGGACAAGGCUCGGGAGAUGGACAGGGAGCACGACAUCAGUGGCAAGGUGAUGCAAGCCGGCAGCAAGGCAAUCACUACUGCCAGCACCAUCAAUGAGCAGUAUCACAUCACAGACAAGGUUUCAAGCGGAUUCCAUGCAGCUGUUGCCAAGGCACAGGAGGUUGAGGAGAAGCACCACGUGACCUCCAAGGUGGCCUCGGGCGUGGCCUUCGGGCUCUCCAAGGCGGCGCAGGGCUUCGACAAGCUCACCGAGGCUGCCUCCCGCCGCUCGCAGAUUGAAGGAGCGCCUGCAGGCGGCACGGGCGCCUGAGCUGUUCCGGUUUCACGAGCGAGCAAAUGAUUUUCAAGUUCUCGGAGUGACGGCUGGGCUUCUGCUUUUCGGGUGAACGGCCUGCCGCUAUGCCGCAUGCCUGCUUGCACCAGUUCCGUCAGUUUCGGGACUUUUGUCGCACAGCGUGGGGACCAGGGAGUUGACCUGGUGCCUUUCACUUGGACGGGGCUUGUGUACAGAGAAGCCUUUACUUCACUGCAAAAUCUGAGCCGGCGAGCGGGCACAACCGGGUCCGAGCGCCGGCGUGC